AUGUCCUAUGACAGGUAUGUGGCUAUAUGCAAGCCUUUGCAAUAUCCAGUCCUCAUGAGGGGCAGAGUCUGCAACAUCAUGUCAGUAGCUGCCUGGUUUUGGUCUUCUGUGCAGGCAUUGACAUGUUCCCUUUAUAUACUGCUUCUUCCCUACUGUAAAUCAAAUGUGAUGAACCAUUACAUGUGUGAUUAUCCAGCCCUUGUACAGUUGUCCUGCUCAGAUAAUUCUGCGUUUGAAAAAACCACAUACUUUGGUAAUUUCAUGGUACUUCUCCUCCCCAUUUCAGUCAUCCUUGCUUCUUACAUAGCCAUCCUUUUGCAAGUCCUGGGAGCCCACUCUUCUGAAAGAAGCCACAAGGCCUUAGGGACCUGCUUGUCCCAUUUGUGUGUGGUGGGGAUCUUCUAUGUAGCAGCUCUGUUGACGUACAUGACACCUGCGUCCACCUAUUCAGCACAAAAGGCCAUGGUUAACACAGUGUUUUUUACCAUCUUGCCUGCCAUGACAAACCCUUUCAUAUAUAGUCUGAGAAACCGGGAUGUUUUAGCAGCACUGAGAAAACUCUUUGCAAAAUACACGUUGCGUCAGUAA